UAGUGAUAGACGUAGUACGAUCUCCUAACUUCUGUUUAAACUUAAAACUAAUAUAAAGAGAAAAAUAAACUUUUAAUUUGUUUGUUUUACGUCGUCUGUGGUGUGCAGACGCUAGUCAAAUUCCAAACUUCAUUAAUUUUGUGUUAUGAUCAGCUGUUAAUAUUUGCUUUGAAAUAUUGAAUAAACAUACAUAUUAAUCAUGUCAGAGAGUGUAGAAGUUCAAAUUGAAGACCAGGAAUUCCAAUUGGAACCUGACAAUGAACUUAGAUUUGAAGUUGAAAACAAAAAUGAAACAGUUGUGUUAGAAUUGAAAACUGGGCUAGCAGAAAUUUUUGGAACAGAAUUAGUGAAAGGUAAAUCAUAUACGUUUUAUUUUGGAGCUAAAAUUGCGGUGUUUACAUGGCAGGGGUGUUCAUUAAAAUUACGAGGAAAAAAAGGAAUUAGUUAUAUAUCCAAAGAGACCCCAAUGAUGUUUUAUUUAAAUUGUCAUGCAUCAUUAGAACAACUACGAGUAAAAUCAGAAAAAGAAAAGAUAAGAGGCCCUGUUACAAUGGUGGUUGGACCGACUGAUGUGGGUAAAUCUACUCUUUGUAGAAUACUACUAAAUUAUAGUGCACGAAUGAAUGCUCUUGGCCGUAGACCCAUCUAUGUUGACCUGGACCCGGGUCAGGGACAAAUAUCAGUUCCAGGAACAAUUGGAGCAGUCAUGGUAGAAAGGCCAGCUGAAGUAGAAGAAAGUUUCUCCCAAGCAGCUCCACUAGUCUAUCAUUAUGGACAUACAAACAUGAGCAUUAAUUCAACUUUGUACAACACUUUAAUUUCUCGUAUGGCAGAAGUUAUUCAUCAACGAAUGGAUGAAAAUCCUAGAAUUAACUGUUCUGGAUUAAUAAUUAACACAUGCGGUUGGGUAAAAGGUAAAGGUUACCAGCAUUUAACUCACAUUGCACUCGCUUUUGAAGUUGAUGUUAUUCUUGUACUUGAUCAAGAACGAUUAUAUAAUGAACUAGUGAGAGAUAUGCCAAUAUUUGUCAAAGUUGUUCUUUUACCAAAAAGUGGAGGAGUAGUUGAAAGAAGUAAUAAGUUUAGAUUGGAAGGUAGAGAGGCACGAAUUCGAGAAUACUUUUACGGUAGUCCUAGGAAUGUACUUCAUCCACACACCUGUGAAGUAAGGUUUUCCGACAUAAAAGUAUAUAGAAUUGGAGCGCCACCCAUUCCAAAUACAUUGAUGCCAUUAGAUAUGCAAAAAACUGAUUUAGAGACAAAACUUGAACCUGUUACUCCAGGGCCAAAUAUGAUGCAUCAUGUGUUAGCUUUGAGUUUCAGUACAGUGGUAGAAGAAGACGUUGUUAGGACUAGUGUUGCUGGUUUUGUCUGCGUAACAAAUGUUGACACCUCACGACAAAUGUUAACUCUAUUGUCACCUCAACCAAAACCCCUGCCUGAAACAAUUUACCUCAUGUCGGAUGUACAAUUCAUGGACAACAAUGCUUGAAGCUGUGUGUUUGAAAAAAGCCAGAAAAAAUAUUUUGUGUGUUAAAUAUGGAGACUGUUAAUGAUUAUUUUUUUAGUACAUAAUAUAUUUUUCUUUGACUUUAAUAGUAAUUAAUAAAUCUCAGAGUGAGGUAAAAAUGUAAUUUACAUAUUUAUAAUAGAUUUAAAUAUGUAAUUCAUAUGCUGACAUUUUAUAUUUCAUUAGUAUUAAAAGAACUUAUAAGUAAUAUUAUGAAUAACUGCACUAGUCAUUAGUGUCAUAACAUAUUUAUUUGAUGUAAAGUUCAAUAACUUACAAAUGCUUAUGUUUAAAAAUACUACUUUUAAUUAUUGCAAGUAAUUUAAUAUUAUUGUUGUCUUUAAAAAAUUAUGUAAAUCAAUUAAAUAAGUGUCUAUGCAUUUUUCCAACUAUUUUUAUUUAGCUGUUCAGUUUGCGGUGAAAUUGUUUAUGGAUUUAAGUAAAUUGUAAUAUUUGAUUACAAUUGUAAUUGUUGAAGAAAUUCUAUCCUUAAAAUUAAUUGAUAAUGCUGCAGAGCGAUAUAAUUAUAAUUAUUAUCACCAAAAUUGAGAAUUAAUCAAUUAUUAAUUAAACAUUUAUUUUUGUUAAAAUAAACUUACUGGUUUUACUUAGGUUUAUUAAUUAACUUAAUUUUCUAAUUAAUAUGUCAUAAUUUGUUAGUUAAUAGGAUGUAACUAUGUCAGUGAAAUUUUUGUAAAAUCUCUUCAAGACCUUUGUGCAACAGAAGGACGCAUUCACAUAAAAUUGUUUUUAUGAUUGUUGAGUUAUUUUAGAGUAAAAUAAUUUAUUUCAAAAAUUAUAGUGGAUAAUAUUUUUAAAGGUUUGAUUUAUUAGUUUUGUAUUUUUAUUUUAUUAUAUAUGACUUAAAUAUAAAAAAAAUAUUGUACAUUUAAAUGGAUAUUAAAGUUUUUAAGACAUUAUUAUA